UAUAACGGACCAAUCAGAAUCAGCCAACGCUGUGCCGGCAAGUGUCAUCGGCAGCAUCAUACGUGUAUUUUUCCGGUUCUUGUCCUUUCUAUAGCUCUUUCCUCAGGUUCACAUAGACGGCGAGGAAUUACGCACGGUUUUACGAAGAGCGCCUGUAUAAUAAAAAUGUUAGGAUCACUCAAGAUAGUGUUGCUGUUAGGCGUAAUAUAUUUAUGCCGGGCUGCCGAAGAAGACGUGAUUGAUCUUACAGAUUCCGACUUUUCGACAGUAAUAGCUCAACAUGAAACCGCUCUCGUCAUGUUUUACGCUCCAUGGUGCGGACAUUGUAAGAGAUUGAAGCCGGAAUACGCGGUAGCGGCCGGCGUGCUCAAGAACGAUGAUCCUCCAGUGGCUCUGGCGAAGGUAGACUGUACUGAAGGCGGCAAGAGCACAUGCGAACAGUUCUCCGUAUCGGGAUACCCCACACUUAAGAUCUUCAGGAAGGGCGAGCUUUCAUCCGAGUACAAUGGACCUAGGGAGUCCAAUGGUAUUGUUAAGUACAUGCGCGCCCAAGUCGGACCCAGCUCCAAGGAACUCAAAUCCGUUGCUGACUUCGAAGCUUUCACCUCCAAGGAUGAUGUGGUUGUCAUUGGUUUCUUCGAAAAGGAAUCAGACCUCAAGGGAGAAUUCCUCAAGACUGCUGACAAGAUGCGUGAGGAAGUCACUUUCGGACAUUCAUCGGCUAAAGAUGUUCUGGAGAAGACUGGACACAAGAACAAUGUGGUGUUGUACCGUCCCAAGAGGCUGCAGAACAAGUUCGAAGACUCUUCAGUGGUGUACGAAGGCGAGACCGAGAAAUACUCGCUAAAGGCUUUCGUCAAGGAGAAUUACCACGGCCUGGUUGGCGUGCGUCAGAAGGACAACAUCCAGGACUUCACCAACCCGUUGGUGGUCGCCUACUACGAUGUCGACUACGUCAAGAACCCCAAGGGCACCAACUACUGGAGGAACCGUGUGCUCAAGGUCGCCAAAGAGAUGUCCGAGGUAACAUUCGCCGUCAGCGACAAAGAUGACUUCACGCACGAGCUGAACGAAUUUGGAGUUGACUUCGCAAAGGGUGACAAACCUAUGGUGGCCGGACGCGACGCCGACGGCAACAAGUUCGUCAUGAGCGCUGAGUUCAGCAUUGAAAACCUACUGACGUUCGCCAAGGACCUGGUCGACGGUAAACUGGAGCCUUUCAUCAAGUCGGAACCCGUGCCUGAGAGCAACGACGGCCCAGUGAAGGUUGCCGUCGGCAAGAACUUCAAGGAGCUGGUCACGGACAGCGGCCGCGACGCGCUGGUGGAGUUCUACGCGCCCUGGUGCGGACACUGUCAGAAACUAGCGCCCGUGUGGGAAGAGCUCGGUGGCAAGCUGAAGGACGAAGCCGUGGACAUCAUCAAGAUUGACGCGACUGCCAAUGACUGGCCCAAAUCUCAAUACGACGUCUCUGGUUUCCCCACAAUCUUCUGGAAACCCAAGGACUCUUCCAAGAAACCAGUCAGAUAUAAUGGUGGCCGCGCUCUAGAAGACUUCAUCAAAUACGUAUCAGAACAAGCCAGUGAUGAGCUGAAGGGUUAUGACAGAAAGGGCAACGCGAAACCCAGCAAGGAGGAGCUGUAGAAUAAACAUUAUAGAUCUGUGUGCGAGUGGACUGAGUGAUUUGCGGUUAAAUCUGUGUGAGACAUUGUGGCAUGCGGUUGCAGUGACCCUAAUUUACUGGUUCAGUUGUAGAACACAAGAUAGAUUUGCAAUACACUAACAAAUAAAUACCCCUUUUUUAUUGAUUACAUCAAGGGGCUUGUAACAUAUUUUAAAACCAGUGAAAAACUGUAUGGCAGAUUUUAAUAUCUAAACUAACUUUAUAUUUAAGUACAGAAAUAUAUUUAUUACAAGUACAGUUAUAGGUCUGGUAUACAUGUCAAUAUAUCUGUAGCUGCAUGCCGCUAUGUUUGUCCUGCCGCGUUCCAACUGUGUGUGUGAUACAGUAAGAAUAUUAUAAUUUUGUAUGUAAACUCAUUUAUCGAGUUUAAAGCGUCAGUUUUAUAUAUUUUAGUUUCGAAAUACAGUAAUAUUGAAUGCAUUUCUUAAACGUCGGUGGAGUAAUUAAUAAAUUAGGUUGUAUUUGUA